GGGCACGGCCGGGGGCACGGCCAGGGGCACGGCCAUGGUUCGCUUCGGAGACGACCCUCUGGGCCGCUAUGGGGGCGGGGGCGGGGGCGGCCCGGCCGGAGGGGUCCGGCCCAACAGCCGGCCGGGGCCCGGAGGCCCCGGGGGAGGAGGCGGCGGGGUCGGCGGGCCCGGAGGGCCCGGAGGAGGAGGAGGCCUGGGGGGGCCGGGGGGCGUCCAGCCCGCCCAGCGGCCGCCCUACAAGCAGUCCAAGGCGCAGCGCACCCGGGCCAUGGCGCUGUACAACCCCAUCCCCGUCAAGCAGAACUGCUUCACCGUCAACCGCUCCCUCUUCGUCUUCAGCGAGGACAACAUCAUCCGCAAGUACGCCAAGCGCAUCACCGAGUGGCCUCCGUUUGAAUAUAUGAUUCUAGCGACAAUCAUCGCCAACUGCAUCGUCCUGGCACUGGAGCAGCACCUGCCUGACGGAGACAAGACCCCCAUGUCCGAGCGCCUGGACGACACCGAACCCUACUUUAUUGGAAUAUUUUGCUUUGAGGCCGGGAUAAAAAUCAUCGCCCUGGGAUUUGUUUUCCAUAAAGGCUCCUACCUGCGCAACGGCUGGAACGUGAUGGAUUUCGUGGUCGUCCUCACGGGAAUUCUAGCCACCGCCGGCACCGACUUUGACCUCCGGACCCUGAGGGCCGUCCGUGUCCUCCGGCCGCUGAAGCUCGUGUCGGGGAUCCCAAGCUUGCAGGUGGUGCUGAAGUCGAUCAUGAAAGCCAUGGUGCCCCUGCUGCAGAUCGGCCUGCUCCUCUUCUUCGCCAUCGUAAUGUUCGCCAUCAUCGGCCUGGAGUUCUACAUGGGCAAGUUCCACAAAGCCUGCUUCCCCAACUCCACAGAUCCGGAACCCGAACCGGUGGGAGACUUUCCCUGCGGAUUGGAAUCCCCGGCCAGGGUGUGCGAGGAAGGGACCACCUGCCGGACUUACUGGCCGGGACCCAACUUCGGGAUCACCAACUUCGACAACAUCCUGUUCGCCAUCCUCACCGUCUUCCAGUGCAUCACCAUGGAGGGCUGGACCGACAUCCUGUACAACACCAACGACGCGGCUGGGAACACCUGGAAUUGGCUCUACUUCAUCCCGCUCAUCAUCAUCGGGUCCUUCUUCAUGCUCAACCUGGUGCUGGGCGUUCUGUCCGGGGAAUUCGCCAAAGAACGCGAGAGGGUGGAGAACCGCCGGGCCUUCCUCAAACUCCGCAGGCAACAGCAGAUCGAGCGAGAGCUCAACGGCUACUUGGAGUGGAUCUUCAAAGCGGAGGAAGUCAUGCUGGCCGAGGAGGACAAGAACGCGGAGGAGAAGUCCCCGUUGGACGGGAGGGCCACGUCUGCGGGGCCGGCGGACACGGGCGGCGGUGCCGGCGGAGGCAGCUGCAACAUGCUGAAAAGAGCCACCAUAAAGAAAAGUAAAAACGAUCUGAUCCACGCGGAAGAAGGGGAAGACCAUUUCACCGAUAUCUGCUCUGUGGGUUCUCCGUUCGCUCGGGCCAGCCUGAAGAGCGGGAAGAACGACAGCUCCUCCUACUUCCGGAGGAAAGAGAAGAUGUUCCGCUUCUUCAUCCGCCGCAUGGUGAAAGCCCAGACCUUCUACUGGAUCGUGCUGUGCGUCGUCGCCUUGAACACGCUGUGCGUGGCCAUGGUGCACUACAAUCAGCCGCAGAGACUCACCAACGCCUUAUAUUUUGCCGAAUUUGUUUUCCUGGGGCUCUUCCUCACUGAGAUGUCCCUGAAGAUGUACGGACUGGGGCCUAGAAAUUACUUCCACUCGUCCUUCAACUGCUUUGAUUUCGGGGUCAUCGUCGGGAGCAUCUUUGAGGUCAUCUGGGCCGUGGUGAAGCCGGGAACGUCCUUCGGCAUCAGCGUGCUAAGAGCUCUCCGCCUGCUCAGGAUCUUCAAAGUCACCAAGUACUGGAAUUCCCUGAGGAACUUGGUGGUGUCCCUGCUGAACUCCAUGAAGUCCAUCAUCAGCUUGCUGUUCCUGCUCUUCCUCUUCAUCGUGGUGUUCGCCCUGCUCGGGAUGCAGCUCUUCGGGGGGCAGUUUAACUUUCAAGACGAAACCCCGACCACCAACUUCGAUACCUUCCCCGCGGCCAUCCUGACCGUCUUUCAGAUCCUGACGGGGGAAGAUUGGAACGCGGUGAUGUAUCACGGGAUCGAAUCCCAAGGCGGAGUCAGCAAAGGCAUGUUCUCCUGCGUUUACUUCAUCGUCCUGACGCUGUUCGGAAACUACACCCUCCUGAACGUCUUCUUGGCCAUUGCCGUGGACAAUCUGGCCAACGCCCAGGAGCUGACCAAGGACGAAGAGGAGAUGGAAGAAGCCACCAACCAGAAACUCGCGUUGCAAAAGGCCAAGGAGGUAGCCGAAGUUAGUCCCAUGUCUGCAGCUAACAUUUCCAUCGCAGCUUUUGUAAAGCAAACUCGAGGCACUGUAUCUCACAGCUCGUCUGCCUCCAGCGUAAAUUCACCCAAGCAGCAGAACGCCGCCAAGGCCAAGUCCGUGUGGGAGCAGCGCACCAGCCAGAUCCGGCUGCACAACUUCCGGGCCAGCUGCGAGGCGCUCUACAGCGAGCUGGACCCCGAGGACCGCGUGCGCUACGCCACCUCCCUGCACAUCCGGCCCGACAUGAAGACCCACCUGGACCGUCCCCUGGUGGUGGAGCCCCGGACCGCGGGGGGCCCGGCCGGCCCCGGGCCCGCCGGCCCCGAGGCCGGGCCGGAGCCGGGCCCGGGCCGGGACCCCAGGCCGGCCGCCGCCGCCGCCGACGGGCCCGACCCGCCCCGCCGGCACCACCGGCACCGGGACAGGGACCGGGCCUGGGACCAGGAGAAGGCCGACGGGGCCAAGGAGGAGAAGGGGGAGGCCGGGGCCCGCAGGGAGGCGGACGGGCACCGGCCCCACCGCAGCCGCAGCAAGGAGGCCGCCGGCCACAAGGACGGGCCCCGCAGGGCCCACCGCCGCGGCUCGGGGGACGAGGGCGCCGACAGGGAGCACCGGCGCCACCGGGCCCACCGCCAUCCGGCCGAGCCCCAGGCCAAGGAGGGCAACGGGACCGCCCACGGGGCCAAGGCGGAGCGCCGGGCCCGCCACCGGGGCGGCUCGCGGGCCGGAACCCGCGACGGGGAGUCCGGGGCCAAGGGCGAGCCCGGCGACGAGGCCCACCGGCGCCACAGGCCCAGGCACAGGGGGACGGCCGCGCACGAGGCGGCCGACAAGGACGACGGGGAGAAGGACGGGGAGCCCGCCGAGAAGGACGUCCGCAACCACCGGCCCAAGGAGAACCAGUGUGAGAUCGAGGUGGUGGUCCCCACCCACACGCUGCCCAGCACCUGCCUGCAGAAGGUCCCCGAGCACCCCGAGGACGUGGACAACCAGAAGAAUGUGGACCGGAUGACCCAGCCGUCGCCGCCGGACAACACCACCACGGUGAACAUCCCGGUGACCGUGACCGCUCCCCCUGGGGACACCACGGUCAUUCCCAUGAACAGCGUGGAAUUCGACAGUAAGAUGGAAGAGAAGAAAGACGUGGACGGGGAUGACUUGAUGAGGAGCGGACCCAGGCAGAUCCUCCCCUACAGCUCCAUGUUCUGUUUGAGUCCUACCAACCUGCUCCGACGUUUCUGCCACUACAUCGUCAACAUGCGCUACUUUGAGAUGGUCAUCCUCAUGGUCAUCGCGCUGAGCAGCAUCGCGCUGGCCGCCGAAGACCCAGUGUGGGCUGAUUCCCCACGCAACAACGCUCUGAAGUACAUGGAUUACAUCUUCACGGGCGUCUUUACCUUCGAGAUGGUGAUCAAGAUGAUUGACCUGGGCCUGCUGCUUCACCCUGGCUCCUAUUUCCGAGAUCUGUGGAACAUCCUGGACUUUAUUGUGGUCAGUGGAGCGCUGGUGGCUUUCGCAUUCUCAGGAACCAAAGGCAAAGACAUCAACACCAUCAAGUCGCUGCGGGUCCUCCGAGUCCUGCGGCCCCUGAAGACCAUCAAGCGAUUGCCCAAACUGAAGGCCGUCUUCGACUGCGUGGUGAACUCCCUGAAGAACGUGCUCAACAUCCUGAUCGUCUACAUGCUGUUCAUGUUCAUCUUCGCCGUCAUCGCGGUGCAGCUCUUCAAGGGCAAGUUCUUCUACUGCACCGACGAGUCCAAAGAACUGGAGCGGGAUUGCAGGGGCCAGUACCUGGACUACGAAAAGGAAGAGGAAGUGGAGGCUCAGCCUAGGCAGUGGAAGAAAUAUGACUUCCACUACGACAACGUGCUCUGGGCCCUGCUGACGCUCUUCACCGUGUCCACGGGCGAGGGGUGGCCGACGGUCUUGAAACACUCUGUGGACGCCACCUACGAGGAGCAGGGCCCCAGCCCCGGCUUCCGGAUGGAGCUGUCCAUCUUCUACGUGGUGUAUUUCGUCGUCUUCCCGUUCUUCUUCGUCAACAUCUUCGUGGCUCUGAUCAUCAUCACCUUCCAGGAGCAGGGGGACAAAGUGAUGUCGGAGUGCAGCUUGGAGAAGAACGAGAGAGCCUGCAUCGACUUCGCCAUCAGCGCUAAGCCCCUGACCCGCUACAUGCCCCAGAACAAGCAGUCCUUCCAGUACAAGAUGUGGAAGUUCGUCGUGUCUCCGCCCUUCGAAUAUUUCAUCAUGGCCAUGAUCGCCCUCAACACCGUGGUCCUGAUGAUGAAGUUCUACGACGCCCCCCACGGGUACGAGAUCAUGCUGAAGUGUCUGAAUGUCGUGUUUACAUCAAUGUUCUCCAUGGAGUGCGUCUUGAAAAUCAUAGCCUUUGGGGUGCUGAACUACUUCCGAGAUGCCUGGAACGUCUUUGAUUUCGUCACGGUUCUGGGCAGUAUCACCGAUAUUUUAGUAACGGAGAUUGCGGACACGAACAACUUCAUCAACCUCAGCUUCCUGAGGCUCUUCCGGGCAGCCCGGCUCAUCAAACUUCUGAGGCAAGGGUACACCAUCCGCAUCCUGCUCUGGACCUUCGUCCAGUCCUUCAAGGCUCUGCCCUACGUCUGCCUGCUGAUCGCCAUGCUGUUCUUCAUCUACGCCAUCAUCGGCAUGCAGGUGUUCGGCAACAUCGCCCUGGACGACGAAACCAGCAUCAAUCGGCACAACAACUUCCGCACCUUCUUACAAGCCCUGAUGCUGCUCUUCAGGAGCGCCACGGGAGAAGCCUGGCACGAGAUCAUGCUGUCGUGCCUGAGCAACCGCGAGUGCGACCCGGCCUCCCACCUGAAGAACGAAUGUGGGAGCGACUUCGCUUACUUUUACUUCGUCUCCUUCAUCUUCCUCUGUUCCUUUCUGAUGCUGAACCUCUUCGUGGCGGUGAUCAUGGACAACUUCGAGUACCUGACCCGAGACUCGUCCAUCCUGGGCCCCCACCACCUGGACGAGUUCAUCCGCGUCUGGGCCGAGUACGACCCGGCCGCCUGCGGACGAAUCAGUUACAAUGACAUGUUUGAGAUGCUGAAGCACAUGUCCCCUCCGCUAGGUUUGGGGAAGAAAUGCCCAGCUCGUGUUGCUUAUAAGCGCCUUGUGAGGAUGAAUAUGCCCAUCUCUAACGAGGACAUGACGGUCCACUUCACCUCCACGCUCAUGGCCCUCAUCAGGACGGCUCUGGAGAUCAAGUUGGCUCCAGCUGGGAUGAAGCAGCAUCAGUGUGACGCAGAGCUGAAGAAGGAGAUUACGUCCGUGUGGGCCAACCUGCCCCAGAAGACCUUGGACUUGCUGGUGCCGCCACACAAGCCGGAUGAGAUGACGGUGGGGAAGGUGUAUGCAGCCUUGAUGAUAUUUGACUUCUACAAGCAGAACAAGAACGUACGAGAGCCAGGCCAGCAACAAGCUGGAGUCCUCUUACAGAUGUGUUCCGCAUCCCAGAAUCACCCCCUGAAGGUCCGAGUGUCCCGAGUGCUCCAGAAGCAGAAGAGCCUGGCCUCGCUCAACAACGGAGGGGCCCUCCCAAGCCAGGCGGGCGGCAGCCUCAACGUUUCGGUGUCCUGUGGGGCUCAGCCCACCCAGGACGAGUGCUUCAAGACCAGGACGGCGCUGGAGCACGGCCACUCUGAGGAGAUCUCGGCCAAGCCUCCGGGCAAACAGGCGGUGGAGUUGCACGAGAUGGGCCCCAGCGUCCUCGACGGCGGCGAGCCCCAGCCGGGGCUGGAGAGCCAGGGACGGGCGGCCUCCAUGCCCCGCCUCGCCACAGAGACCCAGCCCAUCGCAGACACGAGCCCCAUGAAGCGAUCCAUCUCCACGCUGGCCCCUCAGCGCCCCUCCGCGAUGCCCGGCCCCGAGGACCCCCUGGAGCGGGCCCCCCCGGACCCCCACAGCGGCGGCGGCCACCAUCACCACCACCACCGCUGCCAUCGCCGCCGGGACAGGAAGCAGAAAUCCAUGGACAAGGGCCCCAACCAGCUGACGGACGGAGAGGCGGUCCCGAGCAACGAGCUGUCCGCGGGCCAGCCGGGCGAGACGCCCGGCCGGCCCGAGGCCCGGAAGCAGGAGCGGGGUCGCUCCCAGGAGAGGAAGCUGCACUCCUCCUCCUCCUCGUCCGAGAAGCAACGCUUUUACUCGUGCGACCGCUUCGGCAGCCGGGACCACCCGCAGCCCAAGUCCUCGGACGGGAGCCGGCCGGGUUCCCCCACCGGAGGGCAGGGGCAGGGGCUCCACAGACAGGGUAGUGGUUCGGUUAACGGGAGCCCUCUGCUGUCGACGUCUGGUGCUAGUACCCCGGGCCGUGGGGGGCGGAGGCAGCUCCCCCAGACCCCCCUGACCCCCCGCCCCAGCAUCACGUACAAGACGGCCAACUCCUCGCCGGUCCACUUCUGCGGCCCGCAGGCCGGCCUGCCCGGCUUCUCCCCCGGCCGGCUGAGCCGCGGCCUGUCGGAGCACGACGCCCUGCUGCGGGGCGGCCCCCCGGGCCAGCCCCCGGCCCCCGUGGCCCGGAUCGGCUCGGACCCCUACCUGGGCCACCGGGGCCCGCCGGAGGACACGCUCACCUUCGAGGAAGCCGUCGCCACCAACUCGGGCCGCUCCUCCCGGACUUCCUACGUCUCCUCGCUGACCUCCCAGCCGCACCACGGCCUCCGGGUCCCCAACGGCUACCACUGCGCCCCGGGGCUCGGGCCGGCCCCGGCGUCCGGCCAGGGACGGGCCCGGCACGGCUACCACCACCAGGCCGACGGGAACGACUGGUGCUAGCGGCCGGCGGCCGAGGGCCCUCCCCCGCAAACCCCGGGAGUCCCCGCCCAAGCCCGGCCCGUCUGCGCUGGGGAAAAAUCGAUGAGUUUUAUCAUCUGGAAGUCGGGGGGUCGCGGAGGCCGGCCGGGGGUGGAGGUCGUUUAGCGACAAGGGAAGGCGUCCUGCUCCUCGGAUUUCUCUCCAAGUGAACUCGCUGGUUUCUUCUCCGUCUCUGUCUGUCUCUCUCCGUGCCUCUGUCUCUCCUCCUCCCCGUCUCUCUUUUCCGUGUGUGUCUCUCCGUGUGUCUCUCACCGUCUCUCUCCCCCCCCGCCACCCCUCUUGUUUUGCACCGGACGGAUCAAUAAAAUAUUUUUUUAAAGGGAGGUGGUCCGCUACGUCCCUCCACCCCCUCCCCGGCCCCGGGCGCCUUCCCCGAGCACCCCGAACGCCCCCCGCCCGCGGCCCACCCAGAAACCAAAUCCGCAGUCCCCGGUGGGUCCCGGUGACGGAAGUUGGGAACUCCGGAAGACGGACCCUGGAGGCUUCUUCGGCGCUGGGAUCCGGGGCCUAAGUCUCGGGCGAAGUAGCGGGCUGCCUCCGAAGGCCGGGACGAUCCGGGACGGAGGAGCGGACGUUGGAGAUGGGAGGUUGGGGACCGCCUCCUCUCCGCCAGAGCGACGGGAUCGGGUCAAGGGCCACCGGGCCGCCCUCCGCGCCGGCCGGAAACGCCCCCGACGGAGCCAACGCGCCCGAAGGCCGGCCCCGCUCUCCUCCCCGGCGACGCCUGCCCGAAACCCGAGGGCCGACGAUGCGGAAACCCGGCCUCGCCGCCCUCGCCCCUCUCCCCACCCGCCUCUGGUCUGUCUUGUUUCUAGACGCUUGAUUUUGGCAAAAAAAGAAAACGGAGGGGGAAAAACAAAAGUAAUCGGUUUUAUAUCGAGCUGUUAGAUAGAACUUUAA